CCUCUCCUUCAAACAACACCCCUCUGGUAAUUCUUCCCUCCUCGCAGCCGUAAUGGGGCCGGGGGAUGACAAGGACGCAACUAACGGGAUACCCCAAGAUCAAUCUAAUAUUUCUACCGCGACCCCCACUGCGACCUCUUCGUCUACACAAAAAAACGAAUCAGACAAUAUUCUCGAGAAGUACAAAAAACUGAAGAGACGUUUUUUCGAGCUCGAGGAGAAACAUAAGGAAACGAGCAGUGAAUUACAGAGAUCAAGUGAACGGAAUGUGCGGAUACGACAAGAACGAAACAUGCUAUUAGAACGAAUAAUGGAGUUAGAGGCUCAACCUCAAUUCAAGGCUAAUGGCGGGGAGCUCAUUUCCUCUACUCUUGACCAGCCACCAUCCAGUGCGUUCCCACGGAGUCUGCUCACUGCACGCGCACCACUGACACAACUGCUCCUCGGCACAUUGGAGUAGCAGCCGAUGAGCGUCCAGCGAAACGAGCUCGUACUUUAAAUGGAGAGUCUCGGGAUGCUACCGCAAGUCCAGGACCGAAUGGUUCAGCUACACCUCGACUGCAUAUACAGACAUCUGCCGCGCCUGGUUCACCUGCUCCCGAUU